UUUAAAUAUAGCAACCAAGCUUCAAUUGCUCUCUCCCCCCUCACAGGCAUAGCCACUCUUCCUUGUUUUUCCUUUGUGUUGAUAGCGGCGAGUCAUGUCGGGUUAUUAUUAUUACGCUGGUCAAGCGGAUCGGUACGAGGCGCACUAUCUCGAUGCCUGCUCUCUUUGUCGCAAACCGCUUCGCGAUUCCGAUAUUUUCAUGUACAGAGGGAAUACGCCGUUUUGCAGCAAAGAGUGUAGACAAGAACAGAUGGAGAUGGAUGAAGCAAGAGAAAAGAACUGGAAAUCGGGUAGAUCUCUUAGAAAAUCAGAUGCCCAGAACUCCACUCCUAACAAAGCUGUACGGACCGGCACGGUUGCUGUGGCCUAAUCCCAUCAUCUUGCUUUUUUUAGCAGACUGAUGUAUCAAUUUUGAGUGAAAAAAAAAGAUGUUAAAAAGAUUUAUCAUUUGUGUUAAUGCUGAAGUUUUGAUGGAGUGAAGUUUCCAAGGCACUUCUUUCCGUACCCGUGCCUGUUUUCUAAGAUCAAAAAGGGGGAAAGGGCAAAGUACUUGAACGAUUGAUUAGAGUGUGGAACUAAUACAUAACAAUAUAUGCUAAACCUAAGCAGGAUGAAUGUGAACAUGUAUGAAGGAUAUAUUCAGUGUUGAGGUGUGCCUGCUUUAUUUUAUUUA